GCCAGCGGAUCAGCGUGAUUCUCUGGGAUUCCUACUUCAGGGUCAGCUGAUGAUUGUACACACACGGCGUGUACGUGUAGGUAGUUGGAGUGGAAAGCCGAAACUCGGCGGACCCUUGCGCCCCGAGGAGCCAGCACAGCUUUCAGCGAUAAUAAAACAAAUGCAGGGUGAAAAUGGGAGGCUUUGACUCCUCCGUGUAGCACGGGAUGGCCAGUGGAGAGCUGAGCCUCGGCUAGGGGUUUGUGGAUUAGCACACAGUUCUGACGGACGAGCAGUAAUUACGGUAUGUACCUGUUCCGCUGAAGCAGUCUCUCUUGUGAGCGCUACUCGUCGUCGCAAGUCCGGACAACUAAUUACUUUACUCACAGCGGAUACUCGGGCAGUCUACCCCGCAGUAUCAUUGAAACGGCAGUACUACUGCUCUUUUGAUGAUGGAGAGCGAGGUUAUCAUUGUGGGCCUUGGCCCGGUGGGAGCAAUGGCUGCCAACCUGCUCGGACAGUAUGGUAUCAGUACACGCGUGUUUGAGCGUCUCACCGAGAUCUAUUUCGCUCCACGAGCGAUUGCCAUGGACGCGGAAGCGCUCAGAACAUUUGAAAUGAUAGGCAUGGGUGACUGGAUGGACCAGCACAUACUGAAGGCUGGUGCUGAGCUGCGUACGGCAUCACCUCCGGGCGGACAGGUCUUGCUGGACAUGAGUGAUAUGACACAUAGGCGUCGCUAUGGCUGCCACCAGCUGUGUACGUUUCACCAGCCCACGGUGGAGAAGGAGCUGCGUCGGCGACUGGAGCAGUACGCCAACGUGCAGGUGAAUCUUGGACACGAGGUGACAGCGUUUGCAGAGACUGACGGCAAGGUUCAUGUUACCGUCAGGCCAGUGUCGGGACACGAAACACAUACCUUCGUCUGCAAAUAUCUACUAGCUUGUGAUGGUGGUCGGAGUUUCGUCAGGAAGCACUUGGGGUUGAAGUAUCAAGGAUUCUCCAUUCCUGAACACUGGCUGGUAAUGGAUGUCACCUGCGAGGACAAGUCCUUCGACGACGACUGGCCUAACUCCUCGCUGGUUGCCAGUGCUAACAGAGUGUUCCUGAAUGCCAGACUGCCUGGUGACAUGCGGAGAAUCGAAGUACUGCUGAAGGAUGAUGAGAAGGCGCUGACUGUUGUGCGAGAGGAGAACACGACGAGGCUCCUGAACGAGAUAGGUAUUGACGUCGAGAAGCUGACAUUCAAGCGGCGCAUGGUGUACAAGUUCCACGCCAGAUCCGUGUCUCAAUGGUGGCAAGGUCAUAUCGUUUUGCUGGGAGAUGCUGCCCACUGCAUGCCACCCACCAAGGGGCAAGGCCUGUGUUGUGGUUUGGAAGAUGCAGCGAAUUUAUCCUGGAAGAUUGCACUGCUGUGUCGGGGAAAUCUAACCAACAAACUUGACUUGCGGCAGUACCGCGAGCAACAGAAGCAGCACCAGGAGCAGCAGCAGCAGCAGCAACAGGCAUCUGAACCGCUGACUGACAAUGUUGGCGCUGCCAGUAAUCUUCUAAGCAGCUUCGAAGCGGAGCGGCAGCCGUGGAUUGAGAGGCAAACAAAUGUCAUUAUUGCUCUUCGGCGUAUGGUAACUAUAACGUCACCCGCCGCUAUCAUGCUCAGGGACUCCGUGUUUAAGUUCAUGAAUCGUGUGUACGGCCGAGAGCUGAUGCUCGGUGAGCUGUACAAGGGCCGGCCGGAUCUACACCAAGGUCUGAUUCACCCGGAGAACCAAAGUGUACGUGUACGCCUGGGUUCACGUGUACACGUGCACUCUCUGUGCAGCUCUGGCCAGUACUUCAUUCAACCAACGCUGCGGCGUUCUGACGACACCAUUGACAGUGUGCUUCUGGAUAAGGUGCUGGGCCCUACUUGGUGCUGGCUGUCACUGGAUGAGUCACCACUCUCUGUGUUAUCCGCCGAACAUCACGCAUACCUGGAGAACAUUGGCUGCACAUUUGUCAGAGUUAUGCGGCAAGGAAUCGAUAUCACGUCCGUCAAGACAGAUGGUGCAAGUGAGGUGCUGAUAGUGGACAAUGGUAGCAUUGAGAAGUGGAUGCGGCGCUUCAGGUGUCACUCGGUUCUCGUUCGGCCGGAUAGAUUUGUCUUUGGCACUGUAUCAAAGUCGACGUCGGCAGCCUCACAGUCCCACUGUGUAAACACAAUGCAGGCAAUACUGACUGGCAAGACACCGUUGACGUAUCGCACCGCACCAAUGUCAUUCGUCGCCAAGGUCAAACUUGUGGCCACACUUCUUGCACUGGUGUUGUUACUGCUUCUCCUUUGGGUGCUCUUCUAGACGUUUUAUUCGUUACCACUUGGGCCCAUUUGCAUUCAACGAAGCAGGUGACCGGUUCUCUGUAUCCCCUCUACACAGUGCUAUCUUGCCAUUGUUGUUUAUUCGUUAUCUCAACAAAAUCUGCUAGAGACCCAAUCGGUGUUGCUAUAAAAAGCUAGCUUACAACAUACUUUCAAACCAAUUACUCCACACUGGAGCCGUUUGUUUAUGGCAAUCAUUUCUGUUUUCGCUUAGAUCACUAGUUGUGUGUCGCCCCUGCCCCCCCCCCCCCCAACAUUUCCGUUCAUUCAAUGUUGCUAUAUUCUAUUUUAUCACACUAAAUUACAGAAUCACACUAAAUUAAUUAUGCUGAA